AUGAAUUACCAGGAAGAAAUUCAAGAACUUAAUGAAGUUGCAAGGCAUCGACCUAGGUCCACGUUAGUUAUGGGAAUCCAGCAAGAAAACAGACAAAUCAGAGAACUGCAACAAGAGAACAAAGAAUUACGUACAUCCUUGGAAGAGCAUCAGUCCGCCUUGGAACUUAUAAUGAGCAAGUACCGAGAACAGAUGUUUAGACUGCUAAUGGCUAGCAAAAGAGAUGAUCCUGGGAUAAUAAUGAAGUUAAAAGAGCAGCAUUCCAAGAUUGACAUGGUCCAUCGUAACAGCUCCGAGGGAUUUUUCCUUGAUGCAUCUCGACCCAUCCCUGAAGGACCUCAACACGGCCUGGAGAGGAGGCACUGGGAAGCAAAUCAUAAUGAGUUACAGGCACAUGUUGACCAGAUAACUGAAAUGGCAGCAGUAAUGAGGAAAGCCAUUGAAAUUGAUGAGAAGCAAGGUUGCAAGGAACAAGAACGGAUAUUCCAACUCGAACAAGAAAACAAAGGCUUGAGAGAGAUUCUUCAGAUCACUCGAGAAUCAUUUCUGAACUUGAGGAAGGAGGAUGUAUCUGACAGCACAUCUUUGUCAGCCUUGGUGACCAGUAGUGACCUGAGCCUGCGGAAGAGCUGAGGGGUGCCAGGUCUGGAGCCUCGGGCACAGCUUCAUUAGUCACUAGAACUGGCCUGUGAAUGAAUGAAUGAAUGACACAAAACUCAAAUUUCAAUUAAUCCUUUUUCCCAUCUAUAGUAAAUAUAGUUCCCUAGUUAAAGAGAUGACAGCAACAGAAGCCAGGCGCCAGUGACUUCCACCUGUAAUCCUAGGUACUCAGGAAGUUGGGAUCUGAGGGUCGUGGUUUGAAGCAAGGCUGGGCAACAAAAUCUGUUAAGACUCUUUAUCUCCAAUUAACCAGCAAAAAAUGGAAGUGGAGUUGUAGCUAAAGAAGUAGAGCACCAGUCUUGA